AUGGCUGCACAUUUGAUUACGGACAAACGCCUUUUAACUCACUAUUGCAAUAAGCUGGACACUAUCAUCUCAAGAUUCAAGGGCGAGGAACUUGAGACCCUUAACGUAGCCGCAGCGCAAGGAGAAUCAGCUUCUCAAUACACAAGGGAAAGUCUCCAGCGACUAAGCGAAGCAAUAGGAGCUUUAGAUACAGUGACGCACAACAUCAAACAAACAAUGACGGAGUACGCUACGAAAUUCACGGAGCUGGACUACCCGACUGAAAAAGACAAACAAGACUUUGAGGAAUAUUCAGCAAAAGCGGAAAAAGCACUCAUUUCGGCCACGGAUUACUUACUGGUUCUGAAGGCAAGGGUUCACGCUUUCAUUGUGGUAAAAGCACAGGCAGAACACAACCAACACAGUGGAUCAGUCCAGUAUCUUGAGGAAGAAAUCUCCACAGACGAAAUGCUUGCGGUAUACAUGAAGAACACCAAGCCGGACCCAACACCUACUAAGCCGGAGAAAAGACGAUGUGACCGAACAAAAACAGGUGACACUACGGCAGACCAAGGAGCGUCAAGGAAGACAAGUCCACCGUUGAGCGAAGGGAAAAAACCCAAAGCCCGAGAUACGGAACGAAACCCAACGCAUAAAGAAGCAAGAAAGGACGGUCGAAUAUUGCCAAAGCAAAGAAGACUCGGCUGUGCUAUCCUCAUUGCAGCGACGCACAUGGCAGCAAACAAGGCGCAUUGUAGCCUGGAUCCUCCGUUUCGUCAGGAAUGUCGUAGGCCAGGCAAGUGCCAACAACCAGUCACCCAUAUCACUAUCUAUGCUACUUUCCGCACAGAAUAA